AUGAGACGAAUCUUUGGUACAUCGGGGAAAAAGGAGCCACAGCCAACGCUGACUGAUGCAAUAACGAACGUUGACUCACGUAUCGAAAGCAUUGAAAAAAAGAUAGCUCGUUUGGAUGGUGAACUUGUGAAAUAUAAAGAUCAGAUAAAGAAAAUGCGAGAGGGACCGGGCAAGAAUCAAUUGAAACAGAAAGCUCUACGCAUACUUAAACAAAAACGUAUGUGCGAGAACCAGCGUGACCAACUAAAUCAGCAAUCUUUCAAUAUGGAACAGAGCAACUUUGCUAUUCAGGGGAUGAAGGAUACGCAGACUACCGUAGUGGCUAUGAAACAAGGUUUGAAAACCAUGCAAAAGGAGUACAAGAAGUUGGACAUCGACAAAAUCGAUAAACUCCAGGAUGAAAUGGAAGAAAUGCUUGGUAUAAAUGAUGAAAUUCAGGAUGCUAUGUCGCGACAGUACGAGACGCCCGAUAUUGAUGAAGCUGAUUUGGAAGCUGAACUUAAUGCUUUGGGGGAUGAAUUUGAAGUGGAUGUAGAUACCUCUUAUUUAGACGAAGCGUUGAAUGCACCAGGCGUGCCGUCCAAGGAACCAGGAUGCGAAAGCAAGGUUACAGAGGGAGGCAUUGCAGUGGAUGAAUUCGGCCUACCGAAAGUUCCUGCGAACAAUUAA